AUGGCCUGUGGUGGAAGAGAAGACACUGACGUAUCUAUGGACCAAGACAGCGAUGUGUUCUUAAAUCAACAAGAGCCAGACACCCUUCAAAAUUUCCAACUAAGUAGUGGCUUUGUCCUCAACACUGAUGUGGCAAAGGAGAAAAUGGAAGUGGAUUUAGGCCUGCCACCAGAUCCCACCACUAUAGAUGCCAGCCUCUUUAGAAGAUCCAGCAGUAUCCCAUUGAUCAAUGGAUUCGGUGAUAACUCACAGGGAUUCCAAGUGGACAACUUAAGAAUGAGAAGGAACAGCUCACCAUUUCUGAAUCGCCAUGCUUUGCUUUUUCUGCCUUCCCGCACUCGUACAUCUGCCAACCGAAUUUUCCAAAUCAAACAAGGAGAUGCAUACUGCAAUGCAGAUAACUCAGAAUUGGGAAACAAGUCUAACUAUGGUACAGUAUUCACAGUUUAA